UCAGUCUAAUUUGAACCUCCGCGAGUGUCCGACUUACGGGCCACCAAUCUUUUUUCUGUUGUUGCACGCACUCGGUCACCCACGCUCGCCGACCCCUCGUGCCGCAACCGAUACGAGUUCGCAUGACCGGUAUUAAAAAGUGUUCAAGAAUCAAUGAGAAACGGGGAAUGUAAAAGAAGAGAGCGGCGAAAUUCGACAGACUCGAAAAAGAAAAAGAGAAAAUGAUCAACACCGAUGUCUAGUCUCGUUAAGAAAGUAACAAGAGUAACGCAUUAUAGAUAAUUCAACCGUACUUAAAAAAUUACUCUCGCUCGGAUGUAGUACACGCAGCACGUACUAUAUAAUUCAUACGUACGAUUUGUAUUCUUUCCGUAGAUCGGAGGGAAAAAACUUAAAUUAAUUAAUCGAAUAAAGAUAAAUAAAUAACAGAUAGCAAAGACCAAUGAUACGACUGCCCUUUGAUCGACAACCCUAUGAUUUUCGAUCGGUCUCAGAGUUUAACUUUAUCCGAUUCUGUCCAUCGGUCUUUUUUUAUACCUCGCUGAUCUCUUCCGCGCUCUCCGCUGGCUGCGCGUGUGUGAUUUCAAUUAAACGGUGUAGAUUGAUGCUCUCGCUCCGAACUCGAAACUACGGAGGUUUUUCCUUCCACGGAUUUGAGCGGCUCCGAAUGAGCGCCGCGACGUAAGAGAAAAAAGAAAAAUCAAGAGAAGAGAAAAAAAAGGUUACUCCGAAAUAUCGUCUCGAAUAAAUUCCGCGGAUUAAAAGAUCCCCCAUCGUUAUUACACGCAUAACGUUAUAAUAAGAACGCCGCAUAAGCGUUACGCGCCUCGCAGUUUCGUCUAGUUUUAUUUUUUAUUUUAUCUACGUCCGACGUAAACGACAACCAUUCGGACGAGGACGUUUAUUCGAGCAUCGCGCCGUAACGUACCUCGACAACUACGCCAGACGAUACGCUUACCGAAAACGGUAAGAAUAAACGUAAGAUAAAGCAAAAAAAAAAAGAAACAGAGACAGCACGGCGAAGAAGCGCGUGUCGCGUUAUAAGAACGGUUCAUCGAGGCCGGUGAGAAUCGAGAACACGAGGUAACUUCGGUCUGAUUUUCCGCCACAGUCCGGGCAGACAGCCGGUGAAUAUUUAUACAGUAACGCUAGCAAAGGGUGAAACGCUCCUCCUAAGUGCAACGUUAUAUCCGAGGCGACAGUUGACAUCUGACGAACGCGUGCGUGCAGCUACUCCCGUGCGUGUUGUUGUCCCGUUCGUGCCUGUCCCCGUGGCUCCGAGAAGAGGAGAGUAAAAAAUAAUAAAAUUACACCUCGGAACUACGGCGCAGGGGAUACUUCCGGACUCCGAGUGAAUCGCUACGCGUAGAGACAAAAGAAUUUUCCCGACCAUUUCCACCGUAUAAGCGGUCGUUCGUCUCCGCAACCGUAAUCCGCCGAGGUUAUCGUCGAUUUCGCAUCCACGACGGAGACGCGGAGCGCAAGAGAAAAAUUACGGAUUACGGAGGAAUGCGCAUCGUGCGAAUAACCGGAGUUCUCGACAGUAAGGAGGAACGGCGCAGCGGAAGCUCUUCGCCCUCGUCCUCGUCCUCGUCUUCGUCGGUGGUGCCGCCGGUGGUCUGGUAGCGAGCGACCCACGUGGUAUCGUCGCAGAGGCGGGAUCAAAGUACCGGGGGUCGUUAAUAGGGGGGCCGAGUAUAGAGAAAUUAUCCAAAAUACCGGGGCACAAUGAAGAACACGGUACUACGUAAGAUAAAAAUAAAAAAUCCUCAAGUGUGCCUGGAAAUCCUUACCACCUACCAGUGGUAUAACACGUCGUGAACGAGACCGAUUAUUGGAUAACGACAGUGUGUGUGUGUGUGCGCGUGUGUGUGUGAAUUUUCGUGGGGCGACACAUGUGAGCCGCGACGCAAUCGGAUAUACCGAGGCUAAGAGUGUGGAAACUAAAAUUGUGCGAUCGUGCGAGAGAAAGAGAAGAAGAUCGUCAAGAGGAGGGGGCGGAGGGGAGAAGGGACGAAGGGACGAAGGGACGAAGGGAGGAAGAAGAAUACGACGAGGAACGAGAAGGAGUCGACGAGGAGCAACGAUACGGGAGGAGAAGAGCGCCGAUAGAAAAACGCAAAUCGAACCUAAUAACGGGUCAAAUUACGAAGGGGUUAGUGAGGUAACCCCCCGGCCAAGUAACCAGAUUGGAUAAUGUGGACAUUUCUGUUUUUGGCGGGUCUAUUUAGCGGUUGGUGGGGCGCUCUGUCGUUAGCUGCGCCCCCCGCGCCAAAUCUGCUACCGUCGACGAUCUCCAGCUCCGAAGAUUCGCCCAUGACGUCGUACCGGGUACGCGACACCUUGAAAAUUCGGAGAGACGCGAUCGGGAGCUCGCCCUUAGCAUCGGCGCUGCGGCGAGCGAGCGAGCCCUACGCCGCAAAUGACAACGAGGGAACCGCUCGGCCCCCCGAUCACCUGGAACCGUAUCGUUACGCCUCCGGGCGUCACCGGGAUGCCGCGAGGUCGCAAACAUCCCCCGAUAUACGAGUCGCUCCUCCGUCGCGAGCCAACGCUGCGGAAUCCCCGGAGAAUCACCACCAGACUCGAUCACCCGAUCGGAAUCCCGACUCCGAGGGUCCGGAAGACAGUUCUUCCAAGUUCAGAUACGACAGUUUGCCCAGGCUGCGGUAUCGCGAACCCACCGACGCCCAAAGACUCGACGAAAUUCCUGGCAACGGACCGGACGACGCGCUCUCCGGUUCCGCCGCUCCCAAAAGUGCAUCCUACACGCCGAGGAGCCGCCGUACGGAGGAAAACGCGGUUACGCCCACCGAGUUUCGGGGGUAUUUUCCGGACGGGCGUAUCCGGUUGGAAAACUUCAUGAACUAUCAGGUGACUCCGACCAGCCUGAGAACGGACGGUGAUUUUGACCACGAAAUUCCUCAUCGGGACAUUCCUGCAGAAAGCGUGGAGAGGGAGCGGAUCGCGAACAACCGUCGGACAACGCUGAAAAACGUCGAAGGGUAUCGACGGAGGCAUCGCGAGGAAGAGGGAGACCGGAGGAGCACCGCGGUCGCUUUGUACCCCUCGGCGGAGGAGCCGGAGCUCGCGCCGCAGCCGGCGCACACGACCCAGCAAUCCGGAAUCGCGGACGCAUGGGACACCGCCUCGUCGGCGGAAUCCGCGAUGGAGAGACCCCGCGUCACCAGGGCCGCGAAUAGCAACAAUAAGAAAAGUAGGAAACGAACGAAGGCGAAUUCCCCGAGGGAGCAACGCCGCCAGGGUAGAAACAAGGAGAGGAGAGGCCAGAAUUGGUGUCCGGACGUGGACGUCGGUAACAGGGCGUUUCUAGCGCCGACCGUUUUCGAGGGCAAAGCGAGGAGCAUGUCGUCCGUGAGAAAACCGGGGUCCAACUACGCGGUUACCUUCGAGGUGAAGCAGGUCUACAAAAGUCAACCGGGCUUCCAGCCGCUGCUGAAAAAUGACAGUGUGCGGUUGCACUUUCGGGACAAGGUGCCCGGCAAAUCGACCCUGUGCGGCGGUUCCGAGGCCAACGGACAAGACGGACAAGGUGGCGUUGUGAGGGCGAAUAUUAAACGGGGAAAAGUGUAUCUAGUUUUUGUGAGCCGCGUGGGACCGAGGAACUUCACUAUCCUAGGCGAACCGAUGAUUCGCAGCAAAAAGAACGCGCAGGCGGUUCAGGCCGUCAUUCGACCCGACUACGUGCGAGAAGUAACACUGUCUGAGCUCCGAGACGCAGUGGCAAGGUUACGGGACAGGGUGAAGCUUGUCUGCAGGACGCGGGGUUCACCACCCCCCAAGGUGCACUGGCUCAAAGAUGGCGUGCCUCUUCACCCCAGACGAGGUCUCAAAAUUCAGCACAAGCGGCGAAGGUCGAAAGUGGUGAUUGCCUCUGCGAGGGCAGAGGACAGCGGACAAUACGAAUGCGUCGCGGAGAGCACCUCCGGACACCGGGCUGCCUUGGCCGCCAAACUUCUAGUCACACACGCUCCAGAAACUACGACGGCGGCGUGGCCUCGGCAGGAAGCUCCAUGUCCGAUCACGGAGGACUUCUGCAUGAACGGUGGAACAUGCCUUUUUUUCGAAACGGUCGGUGAACCAGCCUGCAGAUGCGCAGAGGGUUUCACGGGUCUACGUUGCGAGAACAAGGACGUGAUGAGCACCGGAAAGAUGGAUAAGUACUCUUCGUUCGCCGAGGACAUCUCCCUUGCCCGCUUCUAGCGCAUCUAGCGGCACUGUCAAGCUUGCACACCGGGACAUUCAUCGUGUUUUGUUUUAUUGUAGCCUAUUAAUCCUAUUCUCCCAACACCCGAUCCCUUCUUCGUCCCUCUCUGAACCGCAAUUGCUACAUGUUUUACCCCAUAGACCUGCCCUGUCUACGCUUUGAAGUAAUUUAUUUUUCUCUUACUUUGCUCUCAGUGUUAUCUUUACUUUAUUCUAUUCUACGCUCCCUGCCUUCUGGAUUCUACCUUGGAACUCGUUGAGGCUGCCGCUGCUAUUUUGAGAAGAAUUCGACGUACCUACAUUCGAGAUUUUCACGCAGCGGACACGCGUCGGCACAUCGCGAUCCUCUCGACCCUUGGCCCGCUGCAGAGCGAACCCCCUCGGGCGGUCAAAACUUUUCCGCGCAACUUGCUCAAGUUGGUAGAAAAUUCCAACACCUGACUCCCACCGACAUGCCUAGCGGGUGCGGAUUUUAACUGAAAAGAUACACCAGGCUAAAAUCACGUCGGGGUUGAGACCGAUCACACCCCGAAUGGAUACUCACGUAUCGCGAUGUCGUCGCCCAACACGUCCAUCAACGUCCGGAAUUCGUCUUAUUGUCAGCGACAACUGUACAUACAUAUAACGGCAUAAUAUUGUCAUCCAAGAUGAAAUAAUCCGGCGUAUAAACAUGUACGUACGUACAAGUCCCAGACCCGAGACACUUUAUAUUCUUCGAAUGAGGUUCGAGUCGAGGAAAUGGGCAGAUAGCAGAGAAAGGUAAAGCUCAUUCAGCAAAUCCGACGAAAAGUAUAUAUAGUAUACCGGACCACCGCGUUCGAAGAAUUCCCACGUAUAAUGUGCGGCAGCCAGAGAAUUCGCAGGGAUUUACGCGGGGCGUUGAGUAUGCCGGGUAUAGUACCUACGUAGAUACAUUAUCGCUUUCCUGUAUUUCGUCUUUGCAUAUACGCGAUCAUCAGUCACUGUCAGUCUACGCCGAGACGCCAGUGGGGGUUAAUAUCUUUUUGAGCUUUCGAAGUAAACUAGAAACAAUUGAAGAUCAUUUUGUUAUUUCAAAAGCAACUGCAGUGGUGCUGGGGAUACGUCUCGUAUUUGCCACGUUCCCGUGGGCCCCAGAGCUCCUGUAAAACGCGCACUCUGUCGCAACGAUGAUGGCCAGUACACGUACGAUACAUCAAGUUACCGUGACUUCGGUAUUCGUGCAAAUUUUGGCUCGCGAUUCAACUGUCGCCAGUAAUAAUCUUUCUGCGGUCUGUUCGAUGGUGCCGUACAGGUAUGCGCAAUACAUGUAUAAGUACGAUCGAAUCUAUUCCAACACAUCGAAGUCGAGCUGCGCAUACAUUUACUGGGUGGAAUAAACGAUGUUUUUACGACUUGACUCCUGCGAUUUGUUGAGAGCUUUUCCUUUCAAAUCUGCCCUCAAAGCCGGUGGACCCUUGGCGAAAAAGGUGCUUUGAAUACAAAUAAAGAAUAAGAAAAAAAAAAACAUGAAAUCGUGAUUUUAUACACGCUCGGAAUUGGCCAUGGUGUACGAGGGUGAGAGUCAAGUGUGUAAGCAGAGAAAGAGAGUAAUCGUAUUUUCUGCACGUUGUAAAGCACAAUUCAUCCCUCGUAAGGAACGCCUCCGUUUCGAAUCAAUGAGCGAAAAUGAUUAAUAAAUAUUUUCCUUGAACGCACAUUUCCGUACGUCGCUAUAAGCAAUAAGGGUCCUCGAUGUCUCGAAUGUUCGUUCUAAAAAUCUUUUUUUCCCCCUUCGGCGUAAUCAGGGCGCUCUUUUACGAAAUAUAUAUGUAUUCCUUAUACAAGUAUGUACGUUCACGCAGAUCAAAUGUCACAAAAUUCAUUUGGAUCAGAGUUCAGAUUGCCCUCGCAAAAGUUAGUCGCAAAUCGACGAAUAAACCACUAAAAUAAAUACAUUUUGAAUAACGAACAGUUGACUUCAUUUAUUCGUUUGUUUGUCAAAAUUUUCAAUACGCCCCUUGAUUUGUUCAAGCGUCAAUAAUCACGUGUGACGAAGAUUUAAUUCGUUGCGUUAGUAGAUUAAAUUGAUCUUAAAAUUCUUCACCGAUAUGAGAACCGUGAAUGUACUGUACUUGAAGACCUAUAAUAACCACUCGCAUCGUAGGGAGGACUUGAAUAAUCGCAGCAGAAUAUAUUCCCGAAAUUUUUAUCCCUUGUGCGCGGUAAGAGAAUCCCAAACGUAAUUAAAUAAUUAAAAUUUCUAUAUUUAUUCGUUGAAUGAUCCGAAUACACAGCGUACGUAUCUAAGUAAAGAAAAAAAAAAAAGAAGAAAAUACUUUGUAAUUCUGUACCAAAGAAUGUGAUAGCGUAUGAUGUCCGUGCAAGCUUAUUAGUGCCGCAAUUUUGUUUUAUAUUAUUGUUACGUUUGAAAGUAUGUAUAAAUUUAUAUUAUAUCGAACGAUUUAUGAAAGUCGUAGGCUAGGAUGACGAGCGUUAUCGAUCCAAUCUUUUGUAAAAUUGUACUCGGACAGUGUAUGCCGUUAUCCAUGUAUAAUUGAAUAACAAACACGUGUCAAUUUUUAUUUCCGAGUGCAAUUUCAACAGAACGACGACGCACGCGGUCAGUAAAUCAUAAAUAGUACUAAUAAUAAACAUAAAACAAAGUAAAAUUACUUUACGGCAUAGGUAUACUUUUAGAUAUGAUAUGUAAUAAUAUUAAAUAUUGAAUUACGAGAGUACGUUACUUUACAUGUACACAGCUAAUAUAACAUAUUGUUACGACUACGACAGCUCUUGCAUCAAUUAUAACAAUAAUAACAAAGAGCAUUUUAGGAUUGUAUAAAUAAAACUGAAGAACAAAAUUUAAUUAGGAUGUAAAAUUAACACUAUGGUAUAGUGAUUGAAUAUAUUUGUAAUUUAUUCGCGACUCGUAUAAUAAUUAUAAUGCCCGCACAUACCGUAUACUAUAUUCAUGGCAUAUUACCCAUAGGUGUAUAAUUCGAUCGAGUCCUAAAAAUUAUCAUUUCAACUCACUGCAACUGAUCUCACGAGCUACAUUGAGUCUUGUAAAUUAUCUACAUCGAGCGACGUUGAGAAAAAUAUCGAAGAUCGAUGACAAAAAAUCAAUCAUUGAAUGAAUACCUAUUGGCAAAUUUGUCCAUACCCAAAUGAUAAUGAUAUUAGGGCUACGCGUUAUGAAUUUUGCAAAUCGGAUGAUAAACGCUAUGGGGAAAUUUUUUACCAAAUGCAUUCAGCUCUUCGGGACGAUGUAAAAUUGUACCCGUCUGCUGUUAGAUCAUUUGUUGCAUCAUUGACUCAUGAAUAUUAUGUAUAAUAGCUAUACGGAAUAACUAAAACUAAUUAUUGAUAAGCGCUAUGUAAAAUAUUGUAUAUUAUUUCACCUCAUUUAUUUUUCAAUGUUUGUACUAGCGAAGCGUUUAUACAAUUAUACUGUCAUGCACAUCUAGUAUACAGUAUGUUGAGCAGUACAAUAUGCUGUGAAUUAACUUUUUAGAGAAAUGAUACACAUUAUUUGAGUCUAUAAUUUAGAUAUUUCGUAAAUGAUGUAUAUGAUAUACAUUUCAAUCAAAUGUCAAGUGUUGUAAUCGGAACGGAAUUUUAUCCGUUCCGUAUUUCAAUUGCAGUAUUGCUGCAGCCAAUUAAACUAAUUUGUGUGGCAGCGGCGUAUAACUUGAAUAUUUUCCAAAAAGUGACAACUGAAAAUCGAAUGUUAUUUACAGUUAUUAUUCAAAUUAAUACCUUUAUCAUUAUCAGUUUUGCUGCUGUUACUAUUCAAAUAUUACAAAAAUUAAAAAAUUCUAGGAAUGCAAGCUAUUGAAUUUACGAGGAAGAUGGUCACGAAGUAGAUUGCUUUAUUGGAUAUGCUCGUCCAGCACUUACAAAAGUGAUCGUAAAUCACGUAUGUACAAUGUAUCAUAUGCCUUUUUCGGCUAUCACCUUGUGUUCUCAAAUUCGAACACUAGAAUAUAAGACGGUAAAGCGAGAUAAUUUUCGCAAGGUUUCCUCAAUAUUCUAUCGCCGUUCAUAAUGCUGUAAUACCUAUAGGAACUGCAUUGCAAUAAAUGUACACGCAGUUACUAUUCGUGCGUAGUGCCAUUGUUCACUGUGUCUAUGCAAAUCAAAUAGUACCAAUGGUUGAAUUUCGAAAAUUCUACUAAUGAAAAAUUGCGUGCGUUCAUAUGUGCGUAAAUGUGUGUGUGUGUGUCAGGAUUUGUUGGGUGUCUGUCUAGGCGCGUACGAUAAACUAUGUGAAUAUUCGCCCCUCGAUAAGUUUUAUUUUUCUUUUGAGAUCUUUGAGGAAGUGCUCCUGAAACAUAGAGCAACAACUCCAUAGCUGCACCAAUAUUAACAUUAACACUCGUACGCAUAUAAAAAAGUAUUUCAACAUAAAAUGAAUUAUAACGCAUAUAAUAUAUAGCAUAAUAUAUAUUAUAGCAUAUUGAUGUUUCCUAAUGAUCCCUGUAUUGAUAAGACGAAGUAAUUGGAGUUCUGAUAUUGAAUAAUUACAAAUGAAUAAUUAACCAGUGACUGGCUUUAUAGAAUGUACUAUAUAAAAAUUUAUUGAUUACCCUAUUAAUUAGUGUUGAAACGAAGUACACCGAAGAGGAAGCCAGUCCCAAGAACCAAGCGCUACGUUGACACAAAUACCAUAUGGGAUGUGUUACGGUAGUUGAAUUAUCUCUGAAUUUUGUGGGAUUGCUUCAAUUUUUCCCCAUCUUUAGUUCGUGAGAUCUGAAACUGCCUUUGUCCGAGACUACAAAAAUGAAAUGAAUUUAGCAUCCACGGUAUUGGUUUUCAAUUUUCAAUUGCGUUAAUGUAUGGUAUAUUUGAUCGAAUUAGUCUGUAAGAAAUUCUUACAACGAAACGUUGAUAUACUGUUUAAAUUUUAGUGAAAUAUAUUAUACAUGUAUUAUUUAUUCUAGUCCUACUUGCUUAACUAUAAUGUAAUAUAACUAAUUCCUGUGUCAAGUGUAACGAUUAAUUAAGUUCUAAUAAAAUCAGGUACAACCUGUCCACUCGUCUGCUCAACAA